CAGUUCCCUGUCAUCAUGUCCGACACAGAGGAUGUUGGGGUUGAGGAGGAGAAGCCCAAGUUCAAACCAAGUGCACCAAAGAUACCUGAUGGGGAAAAGGUUGACUUUGAUGACAUCCAGAAGAAGCGCCAAAACAAGGACCUUGUUGAGCUGCAGGCCCUGAUUGAUGCCCACUUUGAGCACAGGAAGAAGGAAGAGGAAGAGCUCAUUGCCCUGAAAGACAGAAUUGAGAAACGUAGGUCUGAGAGGGCAGAGCAGCAGAGGAUCCGUGCUGAGAAGGACAAGGAGCGUCAGGCAAGACGUGAGGAAGAGAGGCUGAGGAAGGAGGAGGCUGAUGCUAAGAAGAGGGCAGAUGAAGAUGCCAAGAAGAAGUCUGCCCUGUCUAGCAUGGGCUCCCAGUACAGCAGCCACCUGCAGAAGGCUGAUUCAAAGAGGGGAGGUAAGAAGCAAACUGAAAGAGAGAAGAAGAAGAAGAUUCUGGCAGACAGACGCAAGCCUCUGAACGUUGACCAUCUGAAUGAGGACAAGCUGAGGGAGAAAGCUAAAGAGCUGUGGGACUGGAUGUACCAACUGGAAGCUGAGAAGUUUGAGCACAUAGAGAAACUCAAGAGGCAGAAGUAUGAGGUUACUACCCUGCGUAUGAGAGUGGAGGAGCUCAGUAAAUACUCCAAGAAGGGCGCCGCUGCUCGCCGCAGAAAGUAAGCGUUCAUGGAGAAAUCUACGCUCGUGGUCAAGACAUGCCUGCUCCCUGUGUCUCCGAGCUCUGCCUUCAAUCACCAGGCAUCUCUGAUCCCACCCACCUUUUGCAGUUUACCAGAGGCUGUCAAAGGCGAUCUUCCUCACCCUGCGUGACAUUAACACUGUCCGGUCUUAGCAGUAGUUGCAGUAGGAACUCCCUGCCCCCCCCCCCCCCCUCCCCCGCUGUGUCUUUUGGUUCCCACCUUCCGUUUUUGUAAAUAAUAUUUGGCUCGCCAGCUUUAUCUGUUGCAUCUGGCAGUUCAAUAAAGUUAUUCUUCAAGACUGAUAAACUAGAA